UGAUGGGAGAAGAGCAAAACCUUGCAGCAAAGAUCAUCGUGUCGGUGUUAUUGGGUGGGUUUCUUGUAUUUGGUUUGCAUCUCUAUGACUCGUUGAUAUUGAAGCCGAAAAGGCUGAGAUCAAAGCUCCAAAAGCAAGGGAUUAGAGGGCCUUCCCCUUCGUUUCUUUUGGGGAAUAUCCCAGACAUGAAGAAAAUCCACCUUAAGGUCCAAGCUGCUGCAGAAACUAAUAUUUCAAAACACCACAUGAAGAACGUUGACCAUAUUUCUCAUGCUUGGCCUUCAACGAUCUUCCCUUACUUGGAGCAGUGGCGACAUGAAUAUGGACCGGUGUUCAUGUUUUCAAUUGGAAGCAUACAGAUAUUGUGGGCAGGUGAUAUAGAGAUGGUGAAGGAUAUCGGCCUUUGUACUUCUCUGAACCUAGGAAAACCUUCUUACAUAACCAAGGAGAGGGGAGCCUUGGUGGGCCAGGGAAUUGCAUCCUCAAGUGGCACACUUUGGGCCCACCAAAGGAAGAUAAUAGCUCCUGAAUUCUACAUGGACAAAGUCAAGGGCAUGCUGAGUCUAAUGGUCGACUGUACAACCUCAAUGCUAAGAGCAUGGGAAAUCAGGAUUGAAAAUGAGGGAGGAAUUGCAGACAUUAAAAUCGACAAGGAUUUAAGGACCUUGUCUGGAGAUUUGAUUUCCAAAGCUUGUUUUGGAAGCAAUUAUCUUGAAGGGGAAGAAAUAUUCUUGAAGUUCAGAACUCUCCAAAAAAUCAUGUCGAAGACAACUCUCGGAAUCCCCAAGUUUAGGUUUUUUCGGAGCAAGAUCGAUAGACAGAUAUGUAAAUUAGAGAAAGAGAUAAACUCCAUGAUAGUAAGGGUAGUUAAACAAAGGACGGAGACAACUCACGAGAAGGAUCUUCUGCAAAUGAUACUUGAAGGAGCCAAAAAUACUGGUGAUUUGUCGGAUCUCUCUCCUGACAAGUUCAUCGUGGAUAAUUGCAAGACUAUUUAUAUUGGCGGCUAUGGGACUGUUGCCAUCACAGCAUCAUGGAGCUUGAUGUUAUUAGCUGCAUAUCCCGAAUGGCAAGCUCGUGCUCGUGCUGAGGUGCUUGAAAUGUGUAAAGGUGGCCUUCCAGAUGCUAAUGCAAUCCGAAACAUGAAAACAUUGGCAAUGGUAAUUCAAGAGACAUUGCGCCUUUACCCACCAGUACCAGCAGUCACAAGAGCAGCAGUGCAAGACAUUAAAUUCAAAGACAUACUGAUUCCAGAAGGUAUAGACAUCUGGAUUCCUGUUGCAAUGUUGCAGCAACACCCAGAUCUAUGGGGGCCUGAUGCCCACGAGUUCAAUCCAGAAAGAUUUUCCCACGGAAUUAGUGGGGCCUGCAAGAUUCCACAGGCAUUUAUCCCAUUUGGAUUCGGGGCUCGUGUCUGUGUUGGCCAACACUUAGCUAUGACAGAGCUGAAGGUGAUGUUAUGUCUCAUUCUGUCCAAGUUUUGCUUCUCGCUAUCACCAACAUACCGACACUCCCCUGUUGACAGAUUGUUUAUCGAACCAGAACAUGGAGUUCGUCUCCAUAUGAGGAGAGUGUGACUUUCGACGUUUGAUUUUGAGAAGCUUUUCUUUUUUGGUAGGGGUUGUAAAAGAAUAAUGCAGCAGAGGUACUGCCUUUGUUACAAUGUUGUGGGAAAAUGGCAUUUGGCAAGCAAAUAUUGCAAAAACUGC